UCCACGUUAAAAAUAACCAUUUUUUCACUGCAUAAAAAAAAGGUCCACUCCCCCUCUUGGAGCGUCCUGACACCUCCCAUGACUCCCUAUAUGUAGUGUUCUGCCCCCCUCACCUCACCUCACAAGUCACAACCUCCCAGUCUCUUCUCCCCCACUUCAAGUCACAGCAAACAACGCCACUCUAGAGACAAAAUGGCACAGAUGUGGCUCCUUUGGUGGCCAAAAACCACCAAGAUUGGUGCUGGUGGUGUUGAUAACAUUGCCACCACUAAGGCCACCAACAGUGAGAUAGUCGAAAAGAUUGGUAGAGCCCAAACUUGUUUUUGUGGGUGUCUAACAAAGCUUUUGAAGAAGCUAAGGAAGAGAGGGAGAGUGCUACGCACUGCCACUGCAAGUAGACAAUCUUCCUUCCAGUGCCGGUAUGAUCCAUUGAGUUAUUCUCUCAACUUCGAUACAAGUGGGUGUGGAAGCAUGUUAGAUGACGAAGAUUACUACCAGUUCUGUGCCUUCACUUCAAGGUUUGUGGCCAACCCAUCAAGAAGCAGUACAUCUUCUUCUUCUUCUUCUUCAAGAAUACUAGUGACCACUUCUCACUAGCUAGAAUAUAAAUUACUAGCUACUAGUAUUAAGUCCCAAGUUUUGCUGUCAUGUUUUAAUUUCUCUUAGUUUCGAAAGUUAAUGUAUCGAUCUUAGGUUAUGGUUGCUUGUAACGGGCAUAAUUUGUACAUUUAAUGGAUGAUAAAAUCCAUAGUUUUAGUCUUUUAGGUAGAGAGAAAGAGAGAGAGAGAGUUAAUUAUUUAUCCAUAUGGAGAAACAGAGGAGCUUCAAAUGAGGUAUGGGCUUCAUUGUCCUUCAAAAUUAAAAAAAAAAAAAAAAGUUAAUUUUUUUUUAA